UAUAUUUUUCACUUCGAAAUCAGAUUACAGAAAGAUAAUAUUGUUUGUUUCUUCAAAUACGCUUUAUGUACUUUGCCGCCCAACAAAAUCACGUGACUCAAUCAUCGUUCAUGGCGGGACAAUCAAGCAUGGGAAUACAUCCGUCCAAUGAUAACGCAAACAAAGGAUUGGCGCAAGUUGGAUUUGUAAAUACCCAACAAGUUCCGGGCGUAGUGCCUUAUCCUGCUACGGCUCCCCGGCAGGGUAAUUUUUUACUUACAAGCGGAAAUUUGAGUCAGCCAUUCAUGUCGCCUAUGAUGAUUCCAUCCCACAUAAAUUCAAAAAUGGCUCAAUUCAUGCCGGGUGGAAUUUUGCAAUCAAAUUUGAAAAUUGGACAUAAUCAGUUGUAUGGAUCUACAGUGACGCCACGUGAACCAGUAAACAACCAAUCAAAUACAGGCGUGAACUGGCCAUCAAUUCGACCUCGAAGUUUUGAGAUUUCUCCUGUCAUUGGUGGACAAUCUGCAAUUAUGCCUACGCAUACAGCGCCUCAAGUGGACAAUCAACAUUUCCCGCCCAGUGAGAAAAUCCCGCCUAGACUUUCUGCAGUCGUUCAAGAAGGGUCAUUAGGAGCUAUUAAUGGCAUGCAAUUAGGACCAGUAGAAAAGGCAGUCCUUCAUCAAGCAAUGUAUAAUCAAAGCAAGAUACAAACCCCUGCGAUGAGAAGAUGUGACAAUUGCAAUGUUAUAUUCAACUCACAGAUGCAAGCGGAAAUGCAUUACAAAGGGAAAAAGCAUGCGAAAGUGAUGUAUCUAAAGCGCUGUAAAGAAACUAAAGUAUCACCAACUAAACUACGAGACUCAACUAUAGCAAUUAUCGAAAAAGGCAAUUGGAAUACUUUUUCUAAUUCAGAAGAAGAAACCCCAGUCAGUACAAGUGACACAGCUAGUGUUGCAAUUGGACCUAAAAUGGCAGACGUGGGAAGCACAACUAUUACCGAUAUAUACACCGGGAGUCACAUUAUAAAAAACGUUCCUACUUUUUCAACUAAUAAGAAUUACUAUGCUGCGGAUAAUUCAACGACACAAGCAGUUUUUAAUCAUAGUCAAGAAACUAGUAACGAAAUCCAAACUGGACCGAAAAUGGAAACGACUGAAAACUUAAAUCAAAAUCAAUGUAUGACCAUCGGUGAUGAAAGUAGUCCACAAGAAAGCGAAAGCAUUCAUAAUAUUAACUGUGGUGCCGAAUCACAGCCUGUUUCUAGUUCCUGCAUUCUCGAAGUCGCCAAUGGCACAGAGGAUGAAAGCAAGCUUUCUGAAACGACUGCUUUUCCACAACGAGAGCCAGUAGUAUUGCCGGAUCCAUUACCAAGUUAUAUAAAAAGGAUAGAAAGGCCCGCAGUUUUAAAAGAAUCCCUGAGAUGUAAUGUAUGUGAUAUUUACGUUAACUCUGAGAACCAAAUGAAACAACAUGUAAACAGCUUGCGUCACAAGAAUAUUGAACAAGGUAUACCUACACCACCUAAGCCUACUAAAGAGGACAAACCAAAAACAAAAGCGGAACAAUUCCGCUGUGAAGUUUGCAAAGUUACUCUGAACUCAGAUAUACAAUUAUUGCAGCAUUUGUCAAGUCAAAGGCAUAAAAACAUGUUAGAAGGAAGACCUCCAAAACCGAGAUGGACUCCAUACGAAAGGACGCAACACGCGUUAUUACGUUCUGCUGCUCAUUUGAGGUUAUCACUGAAGACCAUACCUAACCAGACGUCACCACUUCUAAUACCGGCGCCUAUUUCCAAUUCUUCUGCGUCAACAUUACCUAUAGCUGCCCAGCCUUCUGCCAUUCAUCCAACAGUUUUGGCUCAAAAUGCCCCAACACAUUUGAAACAGACUGCAUUUAUUGCCCCUGAUGGAAGUAUUUUACAAACGAGGGAAGUCGUUUUUGUUGGCACAGGAGGUCAGGCUUUUACACCUACAUAUUCCCAACAACUUGCAGCUCCAGGACCACACCAACUGAUACAACCCCACCACAUCAGGACACAGGCCCAGCCUGAGCUGGCACAAUUUCUCAAUACACAAUGUAUAGGCUUUGAUCCAAGGAAGCUAGGUAUUGAAUGGACAGUUCAAUAACAACGUAAUGCUACAUGCCAGAAUAUCAUACUUAUUUAAAAUUGAACAUCUUCAGCAAUACUAGAUUUAUAUUAUGUUUUAUUAUGAAGUUGCUGACGUUUCGGUUAAUUUGUAUUGCCUUUAUUAUUUUUAAUUCUCUUUUGUACUUUACAUUUACCAUGACACAAUGGAAACUGUUAUUUUUUACCUAAAAUUGUUGCAAGAUAAGAAAGUGAUUGUGCGCUGGUGAGAUCAAAG